UUAAACAAAGGAAGGAUCUAUGUAUAUUUUUUUUCUUCCACAGUUUUGGGUGAUAAUCCAGCGUCGGUCUGGAGUGGGGGGAUAACCAUUCACCCUGGCUGAAAAACGCAUCCAUUGAGAAGUCUGAAAGAAAUUAACCACGUGAGGGAAAGGGGGGGGGAAACCCUGGGAGAUCAGGAUUUUAUCUUCUUUUUUUGGUCUAUGAUAAAACUGGUGCCCCUCUUGAGGAGAACUGAUCUCAAUUUAUUAUUAUGCAACAACCACAAGGAUCUCAUCUUUCUCAGGGUGUAUAAGCGCUGGAUUGCUUUUCGCCCAAAUCAAUGUGGUUUCUUUGGAACAUUUUCAGCAAAGGAUCGCAUAUGCUGCAGUGUCUUUGUGGCAAGAGUCUUAAGAAAAACAAGAACCCAACUGAUCCCCAGCUCAAGGGUAUAGUGACCAGGUUAUAUUGCAGGCAAGGCUACUACUUGCAAAUGCACCCCGAUGGAAGUCUCGAUGGAACCAAGGAUGACAGCAGUAAUUCUACAUUGUUCAACCUUAUACCAGUUGGACUUCGAGUUGUUGCCAUCCAGGGUGUAAAAACAGGAUUGUAUAUAGCCCUAAAUGGAGAAGGGUUCCUUUAUACAUCAGAACUUUUUACGCCAGAAUGCAAAUUUAAGGAGUCUGUUUUUGAAAACUAUUAUGUAAUCUACUCAUCGAUGCUCUAUAGACAACAAGAGUCAGGUAGGGCCUGGUUCCUGGGGCUCAAUAAAGAAGGGCAAGUCAUGAAAGGAAACAGAGUGAAGAAGACAAAACCAGCAGCUCAUUUUCUACCGAAGCCAUUGGAAGUUGCCAUGUAUCGAGAACCAUCUUUGCAUGACGUUGGAGAAACAGUGCCAAAGGCUGGGGUGACUCCCAGUAAAAGCACAAGUGCAUCGGCAAUAAUGAAUGGAGGCAAACCAGUUAACAAGAGUAAGACGACAUAGCUAGAUCCGCAUGGGUAUCGUGACUGAUUGAGCUCUCUAAGUACGGCUGAGCACUUUAUCCUUGCAAGACUGUCUCACGCUGGCAUCUGCGGAUCAGCUGGAGACGAGCGAACGCUUGCUCUCUGCUCGUUCCAAACUAGGUUGUUGCAAGCGGAUAAAUCUCAACCCGUUUAAGUCCUCCCACAGCAAAGAAGACACCUGGAUAAACCAGCUGAACUCAGACCAUGGAAUGCCCUACCAGAUACGGAAUGCCUUUUUAAUAUUUUUUCUGUGACUGUGACACCUCAUGUGAAUGACAUACUUCACAAGUACACUUGAUAUCCUGCCUGCUGACAGUUACCCAUAAUCCCCCCUUUUGAGUCCAGGAAACCCAUGUGUUUUAAGUUCAAUUUUGUAGCACACAGAAUAAUAUCAAGUAAUUUCUAGAUAGAUGCUGUAAACCUGUUCUAUUAUGGAUUUUCUCUUCUUCCCGCCCCUUUUUUUUACGAGGCUGCUCGCUCCGCUGUCUGUGUGACUCCUUUGCAGGGACUGUGUUUCUCUCAGAUUUAAAUGUUGCUGGUGGCUUAGUUUUGAAAGAAAAAAAAGCAAUCAGGGAAUCAGGGGAGCCUUCAGAACCCUAUUAGGAAUUAUAUCUGUCAAAGAAUAGAUCAUUGUCUCAGAGUUACA